AGCGUGAAACAAAGCAAUCGGAUCGGAAUUGGACUUGGGAAGCGCCGUGCGGAGUCAGGCAUAAAACUUGUCGGAGGAGAGUAAUGAGCCUGCUUCUCUAGCUCUCCUCGUCUGCGCGGCGCUUCAGGGGUUCCCACCAGCCUUGCGAUUUAUUUUUAUAUAUCUGCUUUUUAUAGAAAGAGAAAUAUAUAUAUUUUUUCCUCUUAAGUGAAAAUUUCUGUUUCAAGAGAAAAUAAGGCAAGAUCAAUGAAGGAGAGAAGAGCCAGCCAGAAAUUAUCCAGUAAAUCUAUCAUGGAUCCUAAUCAGAACGUGAAAUGCAAGAUAGUAGUGGUGGGAGACAGUCAGUGUGGGAAAACCGCCCUGCUGCACGUCUUCGCCAAAGACUGCUUCCCCGAGAAUUACGUCCCUACGGUGUUUGAGAAUUACACGGCCAGUUUUGAAAUCGACACACAAAGAAUAGAGUUGAGCCUGUGGGACACUUCGGGUUCUCCUUACUAUGACAACGUCCGGCCCCUCUCUUACCCAGAUUCAGAUGCCGUGCUGAUUUGCUUUGACAUCAGUAGACCAGAGACCCUGGACAGUGUCCUGAAAAAGUGGAAAGGUGAAAUCCAGGAGUUUUGUCCCAACACCAAAAUGCUCUUGGUCGGCUGCAAAUCUGAUCUUCGGACAGAUGUCAGUACAUUAGUAGAGCUCUCAAACCACAGGCAGACCCCAGUGUCCUAUGACCAGGGGGCAAAUAUGGCCAAACAGAUCGGAGCAGCUACUUACAUCGAAUGCUCGGCUUUACAGUCAGAAAAUAGUGUCAGAGACAUUUUUCAUGUGGCCACCUUGGCAUGUGUAAACAAGACAAAUAAAAACGUUAAGCGGAACAAAUCACAGAGGGCGACAAAGCGGAUUUCACACAUGCCCAGCAGACCAGAACUCUCCGCAGUGGCUACGGACUUACGAAAGGACAAAGCCAAGAGUUGCACUGUGAUGUGAAUCUCUGGUUAUCUUUAAUGAGGACAAGGAAACCUAGUGUGGAAAACACCACCAACAACAACAAAAAAAAGGUGAAGUCUGAGCAAAGUGCACAGCCAAAGUCACGUAUUCUGGAGGCUUAGGAGGCAUUUGGAAGGAUGCUCAUCUUUUUGGAAUCCUGUCCUUAGGUUCGGCAUGUAGAACAAGCGAUGAGAAGUGAGUUCAUUGAAGAGUUUUGAAGUGUGACUUGAAAAGUAUGCCAAAAAAGAGAGAUUCAGAUGGGCUAGAGGUUGAGGAGGAGGAGUGCGAGUACCUCCAAGAAGAAAAACCACGCUCUGAAUGGUGCUUGCGUUUUUGUUUUCUUUGUUACAAUCUAUUCAUGGAUCUCUACUUUGAUUUAAUUUUUAAGUGUUUUAAUCUCCUUUACAAAAAGUAUAUAUUAAUACACCGUCCUCAUUGGGGAACUGGCACUGUGACCUUAGCAUUUAGUUUUCUAGAGGAUGUGAUCUAAUUUCCUCCUAGCUCAUCAUUAAAAUGGAAAUUGUAUCAGGACCCAUGGGAUAUCCAGAGGAAAAGUUGGUGAGGCUUUGAAAUCUUGCCAUCCUGAAGAUAGCUGAGCGCGAUGGUUCUCAAGAAAGGCUUUUGCAGUCUUGCAAGAUAUGCAGACCAGCACUACCAAGAUCGAAUAGGUCAGCUAGAAAAAGUGUCAAUUUUUAUUCAGUCUGAUGGUUCUUUUCAUCCUUGUGAUUGUCAUUAAAAAGUGGUAAAUUGCUCAAUGUGA